AUGGACAAGGAUGAACCAAUUCGAUUGUAUGAUAUGACCGAUUAUUAUAUUGGUCUUGGACUUGCUUUGUCUUCGAGUGGUUUUAUUGGAGCAAGUUUCAUUAUAAAGAAAAAAGCUCUUGUUCAAAUAUCAUUAGGAAGUGGACGCAGAGCAGCUAAUGGUGGAUAUGGAUACUUAAAUAAUUGGUUAUGGUGGUUUGGAUUAUCUAUGAUGGCUUUUGGAGAAGUAUUUAACUUUGCUGCUUAUGCUUUUGCCCCAGCUUCAGUGGUUACGCCACUAGGUGCACUUAGUGUCAUUGUUGCAGCAAUAUUAUCUUCAAAGUAUUUAAAUGAACAGCUUAAUUUAUUGGCAAAGAUUGGUUGCUUUAUGUGUAUAAUUGGUUCAACGGUGAUGGUAAUUCAUUCUCCGAAAGAAGAAACAGUUGACUCCCUUGAAGAUUUAUUACAGAAACUUACAGAACCAGGUUUCAUCAUAUACACUAGCAUAAUGUUGAUCAUAAUUUUCUCAAUAUUCUUCUAUUUUGGACCACGGUAUGGUUCAUCAAAUGUUAUAGUUUAUGUUAUAAUGUGUUCAACUAGUGGUUCAUUAACUGUUAUGUGGUGUAAAGGACUUGGACUCGCCAUAAGAGAAACAAUAGCAGGUACCAGUGAAUUCACAAAUUGGUUAACUUAUAUGUUUAUCGUAUUGCUGAUUACAUUUGUUUGUAUACAAAUGAACUAUUUGAACAAAGCUUUAGACACUUUCAACACAAGUGUAGUUACACCUGUUUAUUAUGUUAUGUUUACAACUCUUGUAAUAACAGCCUCCGCAAUAUUAUUCAAGGAAUGGGAACACCUGCAACUAAAUGAUAUUAUUGGUAUAAUUUGUGGAUUCCUUAUAACUGUGACUGCAAUAUUCAUGUUGAAUACAUUCCGAGAUGUGGAUAUGUCACGCAGUCAUUUUGCAUGGCGGACUCGUCAACCAAUUACAAGGAAAUCUACAAUUGAAGAACAUGCUCAAACUUCUGCCCUUAUUAAAAAUAAUACACAAUAUGGUACAAGGAAUGUUUGA